AAUCCUGCUGAUGAGAAAUCAGCUUUUACCCGCUUUUUCUCCGCACAUGUCGUCAUGGUCCGGUGCUUUCUGAUCCACACCGUGUGUCCGGUCAGUGCUCUCGGUCCCGGGGAGAGCCGGGUCCUCUACUCCCGGGUCUUCGGUCCAGAUGAGGGCAUGCUGAGCGUCCAGGACCGAGAGCUGAACCCGGAGGAGAGGAGAGUCCUGCAGAGGGAGAGGACGGCGGCGGUGGCCAGGCAGGUGCGGAGCGCCGUCUCUCUGUCCCGGGAGGCUUCGGGCCGGCUGCUGGCGGAGGCGGUGCCCGGCGAGGAGGCGCUGGCCCUGCAGGAGGCCGACAGCGGUGUGGUGCGUCUGCGGGCCGGAGACCCGUUCUCUGAGGAGACGAGCGCUCUGUGGCUGGGAGUCCAGAGUCUGGGCUUCGUGCUGGUCUGUGAGGCCCACGAGAACCUGCUGCUGGCUGAGGGGACGCUGCGCACCCUGACCCGACACUGCCUGGAGCACCUGCACAUGCUGGGGCAGGGCAGCGAGGUCCUGCUGAGGAGCAACCGCAUCGACGCUCUGCUGAGCCGCCUGCUUCCUCACGGACAGCUCCUCUUCCUCAACCACCGCUUCGCACAGAGUCUGGAGAAGGAGGUGGCGGCUUACAUGGCGAAGUGAAGCGGAGCAGAGUGAGCUGUGACUGCUGCAGAGCUCGUAUGGUCAGUAAAACCUGGAAAAGUGAUGAUAUUUCAAAACUGCAGUUUACAGGCCUGGAAAAGCUUUGGAAAACUACAUAUAUUCCGAAAGUUUUGGAAAAGUCCUGGAAAUCUGUGUCACAAACCUGUAUAAUAAUGCAUGGCGUGUGCGAGGAGAAAUGAGAAAAUCCAAGGAUGAUUUGUGUUUUUACACUUUCUGGCUGCGAUAAAUGGUGUAAUUUUUUCUGAUUU